GUGCGGCGGCUGGGGGAGGCCAGCGACCCAGACCGCCCGUUGGGACUUUGUCACCUGACCGAUGGCAGCAAGGUCCCGAGCUGGCGGGCCGUGGCUUUCGUGCUCCGAGUCCGGCCCGGAGGAUUUAUGUUUAUCUGCGAUGUGGAGGAUCGCGUGACCGAGGUCCUAGCUGCUGCCGCUGCUUCCCCGGACGGUUCCGAAGCCAUGCUCUACAAGCCGGCCGAGGUGGAGGUCGAGACUGUGAGGCGACGCGUCGCGGGCAGCAAGGAGAUUUACGUGGUCGACGCCCCUUGGGGGGCCCUGUCUUACUUUCGCAAGAGCGGCCGGGGGAGUUUCGAACUGCUCGCUAUUCGCAAGGACUCCCAGGUGGUGCGCCCGAUUCGCAGUGCUGCGCUGGAGCUCGCGGACCGCUGGAUUGCAGAAGUGGUGGACGACCCGGCACUCGGCGAGUAUGUGACAGCCGCCAGCCAGGUUGGGUCUGGCAGGGACACUCCCGAAGACGACGAGGCGGCCGCGGCGGCCGCCCAUGGCACCCCAGAUGGCGAGGCGGCACAGGACGAUGUGGUUUCCCAGCUGCAGGCGCGGAUCCUGGAGCUGGAGGCGCAGCAGAGCCGAGGGAGGAUGGCGAAGGCCCAGACGACUGCGCCGGCAGAACGUGCGCCCUUGAAUCGCGGCCCUCGGUCGCUAUUCGAUGGCCUGGCUGGCGGCUCCCCCGAUCUGACGGCUCAGGACUGGAAGCGACUACAAGAAGCAGCCGGCCCUCAACCACAUCGCUUGGCCCAGCACGAGAGGCAACCACGGGAGGCCGGUGCCCAAGCCGAGAACGACGAUCUGGCGGAGAUCGAGCUGGAGGCCUUAGCACAAGACGAUGCACCAGCAGACCCAGCCCAAGCCGCGAUGAUGCGUUUCCUUGCGACUCAGACGCAAGUUCUCGCUCAGCUUGCUGCCGCCAGAACGCCGCCUUCGGAUCCGAUCGCACAUGCCUUGCAGGGUUCAGGCGGCUCGGGCAGCGAAGGAGGCAGCAGCGUCACAGGGGCCCGCGGUGUCGCGGCCAGGGAUGCUUACCUACGUGUGCUGACGAAGAAGAAGGAAUUCGCUCAGGCGGUCGCGGCCAGGGCGCAGACGGAGCUCGGGCUGGCGAGCCAGACUCCUGGGAUGAUGCGGCAGUUCAUGGAAAGGAAGGUGCCAAUCCGGGAGCUGAAGACGCUGACGCUGAUGGGCUUCUUCUUUGCUCACAUGUGGGAGGACGCCCGGUCCCAGGACGACGAGCUGGCCGAGUUUUGGGCAGCAAGAGGUCUGGUUAUGGUGGAGCAGUGGGCGAUCGACAACGGCCGGUCGCAAAUGGCUUGGCUGCUUGGGGGUCUUCCCGACCCAGACACCUCGCUUCUGCAACAUCGCCGCUCGGACCUUCGCCCUUAUGCGAGGCUGUGCCAGAGCACGUGGAUCGCAGCCCAGGUGGCCUACCUUCGAGACAUAGAGUUCUCAGAGGGCCGGAUGAAAACCGGAACGCGUGGGGGGCCGACACACACGGCGACCGGCGAGGAGGCAGAGGACCCAGCAGCAGCGAGUGCACCAGUGAGGCUCGAACGCAGUCACCGGCGAAUCUUGAUGGUCACCAGGCAUCCUGUGGCCUUGUCCCCCACCGCGGUGGCGAUGGACAGGGCAGCUUGUGUUGGCGGCCCUUUGUCCCUGGACCAGCUUGACAUGCAGAGCAUUCUCAGCCGUCACGUGUGCCACUUCCUCGGAGCCGCGGGUGACACUGCAGAGCUGCUCGCCGUAGAUGAUCAUGUUGUUGCUCAGAAGGUCACCCGAGACGAGUUUCGUGCAGGAACUCGUGCGCGUGAUACAGAGAUCUUCGAGCAAGCCGAGAAAGCCUAUCGUGAUGUUCAAUUGGUGCAACAUGAGAAAAAGAGAAAGCGAAAUCUUCUCCAAGGCAUUUUCCUUGGUGCGGAAGUGGACGGCGAAGUCGGGCUUGUGGGGGCCCCCCGCCACCGCACAGGAGUCUUGAUGUACUUGACCUGCCAGCUUGUUUCUCGAGGCACCGCGACGAGCGCGUUACUUGCAUCGAUCAUUGGAUUGUGGAUCCACGUCUUGAUGUUUCGUCGGCCAGCGCUCUGCAUCCUCAGCGCUGCUUUCGUCGAUGCCGGGCAUCUGCCCCGCGAUGCUGUGUUCCCGCUCUCACGGCAGACCCUCAACGAACUUGCUGCCUUGGUUGUUUUGGGCUCUGUGCUGCAGGCCGACUUGCGCGUUGAGUACACACCUUUCUUGUACGCGAUGGACGCCUCCCCAAGUGGAGCAGGCAUCUGCCGCGCUCCGGUCCCACAGCAUGUGAUUGCCGAGCUGUGGCGGCACACCGAGCAGAAAGGUUAUUACUCGAAGCUUGAGUCUCCUGCGGCCGCUCUGCUGCGUGAACAAGGCCUGGAACCUACGGCGCCCUCAGAGAUGCCUAAGCUUGGGUUUUGUGCUGAGACGCUUUUUCCUAGGCCCCUUAAGGAAGGUAUUCUCUUUGAUGUGCUUGAGGUUUUCUCUGGUUCCAAAGUCUGGACGCGUGCCCAUGUGCAGCUUGGCAUGUCUGCGCACCCGGGCAUCGACAUUGCGGAACCUCCGCCUUUCAGUUCGGAUCUGGGUGACAAGACUGUGUUCCAGGAGGUACUUGCGCUUGUGCUUCGGCGGGUCGUUGGUGAGUUUCAUUUUGGGCCGCCCUGCCGUACAUUUGGAACACUUCGGCGCCCACGUUUGCGCAGCAAGGCCAGGCCCUCGGUUGCUGCCGUUUUCGGUGUUGAACCUAAAGUCGGUGCUUCUAUUGCGAGUUUCUCUGGGACCUACCCUCUGCCCUUAGUCCAACAGAUGGCAGCCGGGAGCCUUCAAGCCAAGCGUGGAGCGAUUGAGAUCAUCCCCUUGUCAAUUAAGUGUGCCUGUCUGGAAGAGUUCGGUUGGAUUGUGCCGUCGCACAAUCGAGAAUCUGACGAAUCUCUAGCUGUUGGGCCGACUAGCAGAGCCUUCUUCGACGAUCCGGAGUGGGUUGGCGAACUAGCCGAUUCCCUCCCCUUCGAGGAGAUUGUGAGGUACCGCUUCAUGCGGCAGGGGCACAUUAACAUCCAAGAGGCCAGGGCGCGCAAGACCUGGUUGAAACACUUGUGUCGCUUCUUUCGUAGGUCUAGGACUGUGGGUCUCAUUGAUAGUAGGGUUCUUUUGGGUGCUAGUGCAAAGGGGCGCUCCAGCAGUGCCGCCCUGAGCCACGUGCAGCGCACUGAGCUCCCCUUCGUGCUAGGGGGCGGCCUGUACACAGGUGGGUUGCACAUCUACUCCAGCAAGAACCGCGCUGAUGGACCUUCCCGCAACAGACCUCCCGAAGCUCCUACGAAGGCCCUGCCCGUCUGGUACGAGGCUCUCUGCCGACGCGACUACAGUCUUUUCGACGUGUACCUGGCCUCACAAGGUGUCCCCAAACUCGCCUCGCGAUGGUUGCGUCUGUUGUUGCUCCUUGGAGGUGACAUUGAGCGAAACCCAGGUGUCGGUGCAACCUGCGCGUUCCGCCGCUUUGACGGGAUCUGCGAGCUCAACCAGUUCUGCAACGCAAGCCCCUGCUGCUGCAGCUCGCGGUGGCUUGGCUUCCCCCGCUACCUGCUGGUGUAUGCUAUCACUGCGGUGCAGGACCUCUGUCCAGAGUUCCGUUCCCAUCUGACUCCUGCCUGGCAGAUUGACAAGAAGUG